AUGUCUUUCAUCACCGAUUCCGUCAUCAUGUUUAUAUCCCAAAUUCUUUUCUUUGGAUUUGGCUGGUUAUUCUUUAUGCGACGACUCUUUAAAGACUAUGAGGUUCGUCACGUUAUGGUUCAAUUUAUAUUCUCGGUUACCUUUGCUCUAUCUUGUACAAUGUUCGAGCUAAUUAUAUUCGAAAUUAUGGGCUUUCUUGAUCCUGGCUCGCGAUUUUUUCAUUGGAAGCUUGGACUCUAUUCUAUGUUAUGCAUGGCUGUACUUAUAUUGCCCUUUUAUAUUGCUUAUUAUGCUGUUGGAAAUACGCGAAUCGGGCCGUUUCACCGUAAUCGGUUUAUCACUGCUCUCGUGUCAUGGUUCGUGUUUAUAUAUUUCUUUUGGAAACUUGGAGAUCCCUUUCCAAUACUAAGCCGAAAGCACGGUAUUCUCUCUAUUGAGCAACUUGUUAGUAGGGUUGGUGUAAUUGGAGUUACAAUAAUUGGUAUUCUCUCUGGGUUUGGUGCCGUUAACUGUCCCUAUACUUAUAUGGCUGUUUUUACCAGGAAUAUUUCAGAUGGCGAUAUUUACUCGUUGGAAAAACGAAUCACGCAGACUAUAGAUAUGAUCCUCACUAAAAAGAAACGGUAUAUUAAAUUUGGCACCGCUGCCACUCAAGAGCAAAAGAAAAGUCGAAUGCAGUUUGUUUGGAAUAUGAUCAGUGGAGGCAGCGCUGGUAGUGAAAAUAUUAGCCAUCUUAAAAAUGAGGUGGAUGCACUAGAGGAGCUUUCACGUCAACUAUUCCUUGAAAGCGUUGAUAUGCACGCUACCAAGGCGCGCAUAGCUUAUUCCCGAACGCUAAAAGGACGAUAUUUUAACCUGAUGGGCUAUUUCUUUUCUCUUUAUUGUAUUUGGAAAAUUUUUAUUUGCACAAUCAACAUCGUUUUUGAUAGAGUUGGAAAGACAGAUCCUGUAACUCGAGGUUUUGAAAUUUUAGUCAACUAUUUAGGAUUUGACGUCGAUGUGAAAUUUUGGUCACAGCAUGUUUCGUUUUUUCUGGUUGGUAUCAUGAUUGUUACAUCUAUUCGAGGACUUUUGAUAACAUUAACUAAGUUCUUUAAUGCAAUAUCAAGUAGUAAAUCAUCCAACGCAAUUGUUCUCUGUCUUGCUGAAAUAAUGGGAAUGUAUUUUGUUUCGUCUGUGGUAUUAAUGAGAAUGAAUGUACCUGCGAAAUACAGGCUUAUUAUUACGAAAGUUUUGGGUGACUUACAAUUUAGCUUUUAUCACCGUUGGUUUGACGUCAUUUUCUUAAUCAGUGCGUUAUCAAGUAUAGGAUUUCUAUACGUUGCACAUAAACAUGUACCGGAAAAGAUUUCAUGA